AGAACCAUAAGGAACUCUGAUAACAACACAUCAAAAACACCCGCAAUCGCAAUCAAAUUUAAAUAAAAACUAAAACCGAAAGUUAAUAAAAAGAACUACAAUAAACAAGUGAUAAACAACAAAAUGAACUGCACAAAUAUUGUUACAUUGUUGCUGCUGGCCUUGUGCUUGAUCCUGCACUCAAGUCAAUCGGCGCCUAUUGACGGCAAUAAUCCUUAUCAGGCCAUUAACUCACCUACUGAUAUCAGUGGUCAGCCUGUGAGGCAGAAGCGUUCCCAGGACUAUUUCAUCUGUUAUCCCAGCAGCGUUGUCUAUGGAUAUCACAACAAUCCAAAUGCCCUGGAACCACAUCGUCGUUCCGAUCUGUCGGAUCGUCGUGUCUCCGUCUUCGAUUCCUAUGAAGCACUCACGAAUCGUGCGGACAGAGAACGUGCUGCCUAUAAGGACAGUUUUGGCAAAUAGUUCCACUCACAUAUCAUUAAAAUAGCUGUUAAGAUUUAGUAU